AUGGGCCCCGGUCCUCGUGACCACCUCGUCGCCGUCAUCGUCCGAGCCUACCGGCCGGGACAUCAAGCCACGGCGACGUGGACAUCUACCGACCGGGCGUUCCAGUCAAGCCAGCGGGAGAAGACGCCCUCCGGGAGUGGUGAGAGUCUACAAGCCUUUCUUGCCUGCCACUCCCGGUCCGGUCGCCAAUGCCUGCUGGUGACACCAGCGGACCCCGGUCUUCGUGACCACUUCGCCGACGUCGUCGCCGUCGCCCCGGCCUUCCUGCCCGGACGUCCGUCCACGAGGACCUGGAGAAGUCCCUGCCUGGCCAUGCCUACCCCCCGCCGGCCACCUGCCGUGUCCGUCGAGCCGCUCUUCCUGGGUUCCGGUAGCCGUCGGCGGCGUCCCGCUCCCCCUUCGGGGACGAGCACACCGGCGCCCCCGCCGGCCCAGCGGCCUCGUCCUGGCACACCCGCGUCUACUGGCGUUUCAGCGGCAGCAUCGGGCCCUCCUCGCUCCCGACCGCCCGUCAUUUACCGGGGCAUCAUGACAGUGUACCUGCCGGUGCCAGGGCUCCUUCGUUGUCCUUAUCCCUGUUGCGCGGGCUGCCAAGCCCGCACAUCAGUCUCGCUCCGACUGUCCGCGUGGCGGUCCCACAUGGAGCAGAAACACGGGGUUCGGCCAACGGAGCGGCUCUACCGGUGCGUCACCUGUGAUGCCCGGUUGAAUUCGCUGUCCGCCCGCCACGACUGCCCGGGUCCUGCCUCGAACGAGCCUUACCACCCCUGCCGGUAUUGCCCGAAGAGCUUCAACUGCGAACGCUCCUUGGCCCGGCACACCAUGGCACGGCACGCGCAAGAGGAGUCCACUCCAUUUGUACCUCUUCGCCCCCCACGGCAGCCUACGGCGACUACCUCCAGUUCCUCUGGUACAGAGACCACACCACGCUCCGGCCCAGCUCCUUCCGGUACAACUUGCCGAGCAGUACCAGCACCACAGACCCGAGCAACCGUUUCCCGGUCUCGAAGACGUCGUGGAGGCCAUUCUCCCACAUCGACGCCAUCUUCCAGUACCGGGUCGGCCUCCUCCGCUUCGGCAACCGGUUCUCCGUCGGUGUCAAGCUCCGAGGCGUCAACUAUGCCGGGCCACUCUUCCCCUACUUCUGACUCCGGCUCUUCCACGCCUCGGCAAUCACCUUCGGUUACCGGAACGCCACCGUCCGUGCCACCAGAUCCUGGUCCCCAGUCCACGACUGGCGAGGUCUCAUCCACGCCCGGCUCGUCUCCUCGUCGUCGUACCGGUCCCGGCACCACGUCGUCUGCUUCGAGGGCUUCCUCACGGAUGUCCACGGAGCUUGCCGACGUCCCCGGUACCGACGACUCCGACGACGCAUCGGCCAACGAGCCGGUGGACGAACAGAGUGUCCAUGCUGCCGGCACCGUCGUCGACCGCCGCCCUCUGUCGACCAAUUCCCGCUCCUCCUCAUCCCCUUCCCUUUCCGAGCGGUUGGAAGACACUGGCGCGGAUGAAGCCGACGACGGUGCACACGACACUCCUGUGGAAGCACCGACAAUGGAGAUGCCACCGGACCGCACCAUGCUGCUUGCGGAGCAGGUCCGCGUCUUGCGAGCCACGCUCCGUGCAGCACCGACACCAGACUCAUGGGCGACGUGUGAGCAGGCGUGGUCACGGGCUGUUGCUCUGGCCGCGGAGGCUGUCCGCCUCCCGCCGUCAACACCGGGACGCCCUGCUCGAGACGUCAACCCGGAUAAUGCGACAGAGAUCCAGCGUCUCUACCGCAGGAACCGCCGACGCGCCGUGCGCCUGAUCAUGGAGGGUCCCACACGGUCCUGCACCAUCCCCAUACGAGACAUCCAGGACCAUUGGGCCUCCACCUGGUCACCUCGCACGGCAGACACGUCAGCGUUGUUUCAACGACCCGCGGCUCCUGUUCCGGUAAACACGGCGUCGUUCUCGGCAGACGAAGUUCUCCUCCGGCUCCGGAAGUCGGAGAACACGGCUCCCGGACCCGACAGACUGACGUACCAACACUGGAGGUCCGUCGACCCGGAGGCCCGCUUCCUGUCUGCCCUGUUCAACGCCUGCGUUCACCACCGUCGCACUCCGGACUCAUGGCGAACGUCACGUACGGUACUAAUAUACAAGAAAGGUGAUCCCUCUGUUCCGGGCAACUGGCGCCCCAUUGCACUCGGCUGUACUGCCUCAAAGUUAUACGCCAAGUGUCUUGCGUCGCGCCUGCAAGCCUGGAUCAUGGAUCACCAGGUCUUGUCAAAGUGCCAAAAAGGUUUCCUCCCGUAUGACGGCGUUUUCGAACUGAAUUACAUCUUUCAGCACCGCAUGGACGCAGCCAGAGCUGGUGGCACGGAGUUUUGCGCGGCCCUUUUGGACUUCGCAAACGCCUACGGGUCCGUGCCUCACCAAGCCCUCCUGGACGCCCUCCGUGGUUCCGGUGCUGGGGAGACGUUCACCGCCCUCAUCGAGGACCUGUACCGUGACAACCAAACUGUCAUCGUUGCUGCAGAGGGCACGACAGAUCCGGUCGUCAUCCACUCGGGUCUACGCCAGGGCUGCCCGCUCAGCGGGUUGCUCUUCAACCUGGUCAUAGACCCCGUGGUUCGAGGCGUCCAAGGCACAGGCGACGACCACAACAUCCUCGCCUAUGCCGACGACCUGACGCCCCUGGCCGACUGUCCUGCUCUUCUCCAGCAACGCAUCGACAUGGUCGAGGCGCUAUCAACACCGCUCGGGCUAUCUCUCAACCCGAGCAAGUGUACGACCUUGCACCUCAGCGGCGUCACCCCCGUCGGAAUGCGGCCAACCGUGUUCCGGGUCUCCGGCGUCCCGGUCGCGGCUUUGAGCGACUCCGAGCCGCUCCGCUACCUCGGACGCCCGGUGGGUUUCCGCCUUCCACAGCGGGCGGGGACCGAUGUCAUUGACGACGCCAUCCGCAACGCCACGGCUUAUUUUUCUUCCCUUCUAGCCCCCUGGCAGCGUAUUGACGCCCUCAAGACAUUUGUGUUCCCGGCCCUGAACUUCUCCAUGAGGUGCGGCGUCCUGACGAAAUCAGAUUGGCACCGGUUGGACCUUGCCAUCAGGCCCAUGGUCAAGCGUACGUUGUACCUACCGGUGAACGCCUCGACCAACUACGUCUACGGGAGCGCCUCCGGAGGAGCUAUAGCGAUACCGGUGGCAGCGGAGUUAUACGACAUCUGUCGUAUUGACUCCGCUUUUAAGCUCCUGACGACAUCAGACCAGUCGCUACGGGAACUCGCCCUGUCCGACGCUUACGAGGUCGCCUCCACCCGCCUCGGAUGGGAGGUUACCCGUUUCGAGUUGGAGGCGUACCUCUCUGGCGACCGACAGGUCGUCCACUCAAGGCCAGCAACCCAGCUGCGCAGCGUGUGGACCGAGGCCCGUAAGGCGUCCCGAAGGCUACAAGUCUCGUGGUCCCUGCGGCCGGACCACGUCACCAUCACCUGCGGCGACGCAACGCUUCCUUCGACACAAAGGAACCGGGUCAUGCGGACGCUACGAGAUGUGCUGGCUCACGUCCGGGACAACGCCCUCCAUGACCAACCAAACCAGGGGAAGGUGAUGGCCUGCGUCUCGGCGGAUCGUGCGAGCUCACAUUUCAUCACCACGGGAGCAUUCACGCACUUCGCCGACUGGCGGUUUAUCCACCGGGCGCGCCUCAACCUGCUACCCCUGAAUGGCGCCGUCAUGUGGGGCCCUACUGACCGAGACCAGCGUUGCCGGGUCUGCGGCUACGCGAGGGAGACGCUACCGCACGUGCUUUGCCACUGCAUGACGCACAGCGCCAUGUCUCAGGCACGGCACAACGCGGUGGUCUCGCGCCUUCGCACGGCCGCUGCCCGCGACUACACCGUAGCGUACGAGAACCGGCCGGUCGGCGACACCGGACUGCGUCCUGACCUUGUCCUGGUUCGCGGGGAGGAGGCCCUGGUGAUCGACGUGGCUUGCCCGUUCGAGAACACACCGGAGGCCUUUACCAACACGCGAAACGACAAGGUCGCACGCUACCAACCCGUCGCCGACUACCUGCGUCGCCGCUACCAGAGAGUAACGGUGGCCGCCGUCAUCGUCGGGGCUCUCGGCGCUUGGGACCCGGCCAACGACCGCGUCCUUUCAGCGUCUGUGCUCCCGCACCUACCUGCGUCUGUUAAAGAAACUCUGCGUGAGCGAGGUGGUGGCAGCGUCCCGCGCCAUAUACCACGCGCACGUGGGACAUGGACGCAGCUAGACCACCGCUGA